AUGCUUCCCUCGCUCCUGACGUUUCUGACGUUACUAGUUGGAAUUUUUGGUUUGGAGGAUGAACAUAUGCUGGAAAAUGACAGGGCGUUUCAGACCUGCGCAUAUGUCGCCAACUACGAAAAUUCCAAGCUGUUUUUCAUCUCGCAGCAUUUCACUCCUGAAAUUGCAGUCCAGUUUGAAAACCUGCCCGGCGCCUCGGUUGACACACUUUUGAUUUCCGGCGGUGAUUUGGAGCGUGUGAAACUUGACCCAUCGCCAAUGGUCAAGGUUUGUGACGAGAGCGCCAUCAAGAAGAAACUGUGCACGUAUCCGUCUCCCGACCAGCUAGAGUUGCGCAUGACGCUCGACGAGCUGAUCGACAGUGAGGAGUUUGAGUUUCCCAUCGAGCAUUACAGGCUUAUUCCUACUGAAUUACCUCAAAAUACGCACAAAUUCGAGAUUCAAAACACCGCCAUUUACUGUGUCAUCUUCACCGCUCACGAUAUUCCUGCAGACACUGGAAAAUUGCGCGUUGUUGUCGACUGGAAGCAGAGCUUUGGUAAUCUUCUAGUUUCAGAUUACCACUACCUCUACUGGGACUUUACGCUUUUCCUGUCCUACGUGAUGCUCUUUGCCCUUUUCGCUGCAUAUUUGUAUCGCAAAGUGCGGCUGGACAAAACCAAUGCCAUUCUGUCGAGCUCCAUUUGGUUCAAGCAGUUUACGAUCCAGGUGAAGCUUUUGUUUUAUAUUGCCGGCACUGCGUUUGGUUUCUUCAGCUCUGUCAUCAUCUACUCGCAGCUCAACAAGUACGGCUACGGAUACUACGGCAGUCUGAGUAUGAUCGUCAUGAACGCUUGUAUGCUCACUUUUAGCGCAACGUUCACGGUAUGGAUCGUGUACAACUGUCUGAUCGUUUCCUCAGGUUUCCUGUUUUUCAGCAAUAUGAAGAGCCCUAAGAAACUACGGAUUUUCAGAGUCCUAUGCGCGUUCCUCUUCCUUCAGCUUCUUCUCUUUGCUGUCGAGGAGUCCUCGGUGUACUCUCUUCUUGGAGGCAGGGCCUCUUUCCUUAGUGACUUUAUUUUCGUGCAGCUGGUUGUUGUGUACCUCCUCUGCUGCUAUUACGCAUGGCAAACUCACAAGCAGCUCACCAACCGGAGUGUGCGCACAAAGCUUGCGCUCACUUUUGCUCUGCUCACAAUCAUGAGCUUGGUUGAGCUAAUUUUGAGAGGAAGAGUGCUCUACGACUACGUGAACGAGCUUUUCCUCGAAAUGGCCAAUGUCACCACCACGGCCUACACUCUUAAUUACCUCAUCACCAUUGCCCUUGUGCUAAUAUGGAAAGACACCAACCUGCAAAACGGCGAGCUGUUAACGAAAUAG